CUCUCUCUUUUAAUUUUCCAACUUUAAAAAACAAACAUUGCGCCACGUUUACUCAAAUAACAUCAGGAUGGUGCUCGACUUAGAUCUCUUUCGUGCCGACAAAGACGGUGACCCUGAAAAAGUUCGUGAGAACCAACGCAAAAGGUUUAAAGAUGUGAAGUUAGUGGACAUAGUUAUUGAACAGGAUACUGUGUGGAGACGAUUGCGACAUGUAGCCGACAAUUUGAAUAUGCUGAAGAAUAUGUGCAGCAAGGAGAUAGGGCGGAAGAUGAAGGGCAAGGAGCCUGUGGGGGCGGAGGACGAGCCAUUGCCGGCCGUGAUUGUAGAUAACCUAAUAAAUCUUAUUGGCGAUCAGCUGAAGCCGCUUACCGUGAAUCAAAUUAAAAAGGUACGAGUACUUAUAGAUGAAGCAAUAACAACAAAUGACCAAGCUCUCGUAAAAGCAGAAAGGACUCGUUCCGCAGCACUCAGGGAAAUUGGUAACCUUACCCAUGAGUCUGUGCCAAUCGAUGACAAUGAAGACAAUAACCAAGUUGUAAGAACAUAUGGGGACUGUACUGCAAGGAAUAAAUACUCUCAUGUAGAUCUCAUUUCUAUGAUUGAUGGUAUGGAUGCCGAACGAGGCGCGGCAGUUGCGGGUGGCCGUGGUUACUACCUCAAAGGCCCGGCGGUCUUUCUGGAACAGGCCAUUGUGCAGCUAUCAUUGAGAAUACUGCUUAAGAAAGGAUAUCUCCCGUUAUAUACACCUUUCUUUAUGAAAAAAGAUGUAAUGCAAGAAGUAGCUCAACUAGCACAAUUUGAUGAGGAACUGUACAAAGUGAUAGGCAAAGGGUCUGAAAACAAGGGAGACAACGUCGUUGAGGAGAAAUACUUGAUCGCCACGUCGGAGCAGCCGAUAGCCGCUUACCAUAGAGAUGAGUGGUUACCUGAAUCUUCCUUACCUAUUAGGUACGCUGGUCUUUCCACGUGUUUCAGACAAGAAGUAGGUUCCCACGGACGUGACACGCGAGGUAUCUUCAGAGUACAUCAGUUUGAGAAGGUGGAACAAUUCGUGCUAACAUCUCCACACGACAACGCGUCGUGGUUGAUGAUGGACGAAAUGAUUAACAACGCAGAAGAAUUCUGCAAAAUUCUCGGUAUCCCGUACCGUAUUGUCAACAUUGUCUCGGGGGCAUUGAAUCAUGCUGCCUCUAAGAAGUUGGAUUUGGAGGCGUGGUUCCCUGGCUCGGGGGCGUUUAGAGAAUUGGUCUCGUGUAGUAAUUGCUUAGACUAUCAGGCAAGAAGAUUACUUGUCAGAUAUGGGCAAACAAAGAAAAUGAACGCGGCGACAGAGUAUGUGCACAUGUUGAACGCGACGAUGUGCGCUACCACCAGGGUUAUCUGCGCCUUGCUGGAGGUCAACCAGACAGAAGAGGGAAUAAAGAUACCAGACCCAUUGAAGCCCUGGAUGCCAGAACAGUACCAGGAGGUUAUACCGUUCGUGAAGCCAGCACCAAUUGACGUUGAAGCUGCAGCUGCACCGAAAAAAGGAAAGAAGAAAUAAGCUAUUUCUUCACUGAACUUCAUUCCUGCAUAAAAAUGUUAUCAUAAGAUUGCGCUUAUAUUUUUUUGCGAAGCCGUUCUUAAUUUCGAACUUGAACAAAUAAAUGGCCAGGCU